AUGGAGACACUCCUGUCUGGCCUCAUCGACUCUUCAUCGCUCGCUACGCUCGCAACUUCUGGUGGAUCGUUUUCGGACUUCCUCUCCAUCUUGAUGGCCAUGAGUCCCUCGGGCGAUGCGACGAGCUUCUUGACGAUGCUCAGCUCGUCUGGCAUAUUAACAGGCAGCGGGUUGGACCCAGCGAUUAUUAUCGCUCAGCUGAAUGCAGGAGGGACAUACGAUCCAAUCUCGACUGGUUCUAACGCGAACGAGGACUUGUCCACUGCCCAAGGGCAGGUCCAGACGGGCGGUGGUUCCAACUAUGCUACUGCUGCCAGCCCCGAUGCGAGCUCUUUGGGGCAACAUUUGGCCGAAGACGUUAUCAAAGGCCUUGUGAAGUCUGUGGCUACUUAUGCUAUGGACAAGAUCAAGUCUCAUAAGCAGGGGAACCCUCCCACGAUGCACUGCGUCUCUCCGCCUAUGCAGUAUACCCCCACUGCUCCCAUCAUCGUGAUACAACAGCCCGCUUCGACACCGUCGUUCAACCCCUUUCAUCUUCCGUCGUUCACUCAACUCCGACAAUCAUUUGGGUUCGGCCAUUCACAGCCAGUACAGCAAUUCGUCCUCCAGCCAUCGCCUCCCAUGCAACCCUUUCCUCAGUCAUGGACUCCCACACAUCCCAUGCCGCCUUGGCCUCAGUCAGGUCCUGGCCAAUGGGGACAGUCGCCUCCAUACGCUCAAUGUCAGAACUACGCGCCACCUCAGGGCCACGCACAGUACAACUCUGCACCAAGCUAUGGCUAUGCAUCGCCACAGGGCUGCAUGACGAACGGCAACCAGCCUUUUACCUCCAACCAGGUUCAGAGUGGGCCAAUGCUGUCGCCCGGCUUCGCUUCUCAUCAUGCGUCUAUGACACCUGGACCUACGAUGCAAGGACCGCAACAUUACGCUCCCCCUGCAGGUGUGCCCGGGCAGUCUCGCCCGGCUCCAGGGAACGGAUUCUACGCUCGCAGUGGUUAG